GGUAUUUCAGCUUCAGCUAAAUUAGUUGGCUUAACACAUUAUCAAUUACUAAAUGGUUGUUAUGCUGCUAUACAAGCAAUUGGUUUCAACGAUACUAGUUGUAUAUGUUGCGCUUUGCCAUUAUUUAAAAUGCCAAUAUUAUCACUUAUCGGAUUGGUACCAUUUAUUGCAAAUACACGAGUGAUAUAUCCAUCACCAUCACCACUUCCGAAAUUUCUCUUUGAAUCUAUUAAAAAAUUUCAAUGUACUCAUUUAGUGUCUAAUGCGGUUGCAUUAGGCUUAAUUUUACGCGUAGCACAAAUUCAAAAUGUUCAUUUACCAUCAAUUGAAAAUAUUAUUUUACUUGGUGAACGAGUACCAUCUGAUGUUGUCAACAAUAUUUUCAAACAAUUUGAAACUGUUAAAAAAGUUAUGAAUGGUUAUAUAUUAACCGAAGUUGCAUCAAUACCAAUUCUCACCUGGGAUGCAGCAAAUACAAAUGGUGUUGGUAAACCAUUAGAUGAAUUUGAUGUAGAUAUUCGUAAUCUUGGAAUUCAGGCAAAUUUAAAAGGUAAUAACAAUCAAUCAGGUGAAUUAUACAUUAAAGCAAUUAAAGGAUCAAAAUUUCUCGGUUAUGAAUCACCAUAUGAAGGAGUAGAGGAAUGGAUUGAAACAGGAGAUGUAGUAACAAUGGAUGAAGCUGGUAUUAUUGAUGUUAUUACUAAUAAAGAAGAUUUAAUUGUGGAUAAUUCUGGACAACUUAUCGAACAUUGGCUUCUUGAAAAGGCAUUAUGCGCUCAUAAUGAGGUCAAAGGGGCACAGAUAGUUGCACUCAACAAAAAACUUCCAUUAUAUGCAUUUAUUGUUUUAAAAAAUUCUCAAGCUAAUGUGGAUACUGUACUUACAGAUUUAAUUGCUUUAUGCAAAAAUAAUAAGGAAUUUAGUGAGGCACUUAGUGCGGUUAGUUGUACGGGUACUUAA